CAAAUCGUGAAGAUCACAUGCGGCGCCGACUAUUGGACCGGCUGUCGUGCCGCACAAUCACGAUCGAUCACCCCACAGCUCCGCAUCACUCGACAACAAAACAAAAACAUGCGUCCGCUCGAUAGCUCUCACGAUAGCCGGUGCCUGCUGUCAAUGUGCCUCCCACGGCUGCUACCCCCACCCUCGCGAUGAAAUAUCGAUGAGCCAAAGACAUGCAGCAUGCGUCCUUUCCGGCCACUACUUCCAGCCAAACGCGGCUUCGAAGAACCACAGCCGACGCCCCCCGAAGCUCCGCUGAAGAAGCGCAGCACCCUGGCGUGCGACAGUUGUCGGGGAAAGAGAAUAAAGUGCAACGGGGCGCGGCCGACCUGCGAUGCGUGCAGCCAGCGCAGCCUGGCCUGCCACUAUCAUGAGCGGAGGUCGCGGAACAGCCAGGAGGACGAGGCGGCCAGGAAGCGAGAGUCUAUUGUUGAGAUGUUUUUGCUGCUGAUCAAGUCUGGGACGGAAGAGCAUGCCUUGGGGGUCGUCCGGAGUCUGAGGGCUGGGAGUUCCAUUGAGGCCAUUGUGAGCCAGCCUGGGCCGGGAGAGGAAAGCGUUUUCCCGCAGUUGGGCUACGGCACGCCUGGCCUACCAAUAGCAACGAGCGUCCAGUCCGAGUCGAGCUUGACGGAAGCGGAGACAGAAACUAGUCACGCGGCAUUCCAGGGAGCGGACUCGCUUCUGCAGCGUGAAUACGAUGCUCUAGCAAAGCGAGUGGAGACGCUGCAAGAGAUGCUGGACCUACUGAGAAGCAUGCCCGAAAACGACGCCCAACGCCUCCUCCGCGAGCUGCGCUCAGCAUCAGAAGUCGACUCUGUACUGAGGGCUACCAAUACCCACGGGCACGACACACGUCCUACCGAGCAAAGGCACGCACGCUCGCUGCCACCCUCCUUGCACGGAAACAGGGAACUUGAGCUCAGCAUGCUGUACCCCAGGGUCUUCCCAACCAUGGAACGCUUCCACGAUGUCGGUAUCGUGCCCGGUCUUACAGGGGGAAUGACGGAUGUCAAUGUCCAGGACCCUUGGACUACGGAUCCCGUGAAUGUAUGGGAGCUCCCGAGAAGCUGAGCGCCCCGUUCUCGUGCUUGGAUCUAUUAUUGUAGCUCCUGCCCGUAUUACUACGGACGGGAGUUUUACAAUGAAUACCUACGCUUGGAGUGACCAGAUUCGGGUUCUAGCCGGAUCGCAGAUUUCUCAGCAAAAGCGAUCUCGAUGCCUUUGUAGUGCCUUUACACGAUAGAUGUUGCCUAGCCUCCAUUUCUCGUACACCAGCAAUUGGUUGGAAGAGCACGUUUUAGGAAGGAGCAUGUGUCGCGUGUGGUCGGCGGACCAUCCAUGGAUCGGCAUCGUUCACGAGACAGAAAAACACGCCAGCCCGCACAUGCGGUGCUUGGCGUAGAAUACGA